GGUUCAGCUGUUGGGGGGUUUGGAAAAGACUCAGUCAGUUCAGCUGCUCGGCCGCACUGAGAUCGCAGGUUAAAUUUAGAGCAGACUCGCACUUCUGUCCAGGAACAAACAGACGAGGACGAGCUGGAUGUCUUGCAGCAAAAGCAAGAAGUGAUUCUUCUGCAGCAGUCUGUCUUCUCUCUGUCUCCAGUGUGAACGCUUCUUCUCUCAGCCAUCUGCUCUGACUGACAGAAGGACAAAACCUCACACCACUCUGCUCCUUUGCCUGAAAAAGAACACGAGCUGAAGAGGAACUUUAAAGGAAGAAUUUAUUUCAAACAUAAACCAUGUUAGUGAUGACGUCUCCUCAGCGAAUCUGACAGAAAAGAGUCCCAUUUGGACUUUUUGACUGUAGUAGCUGGGACACACGAGAACUUUGAGCUCAGGUUGAAAAUAUGAGAUCUCGGAGCUGCACCAUGGAUGGUCCAGAUGACGGACAGAUUCAACCCACUAAAGGUUUUAUCAAGCAGGAUGAGGACAACACACCUGAACUGACGAAGAGGAAGACGAAGGUCCAGCGAGAGGAGAAGGAUGGGAGGAAGGAGGUGUGUGGGACAAAGAAGAGACCUGUGGAGACAUCAUCUCAGAAUCUGUCCAAGGAAGAUCUGCUGCGGCUGCUGGGGAUUAUGGAGGGAGAGGUUCAGGCCAGAGAGGACAUCAUCAACCUGCUGAGGUUAGACCGAACUGGACCAGAGAUCCUGGAAGCCCACUACGGUUCUGCAAUCCCCACCAAUCCGCUGCAGGCCCUGCAGAGAGACGGCCUGCUCAGCCCCAGCUCGAACUGCAUCGACGAUGUGUACGAGACACCCAUGAUCGAGCUGGACCGGUUGGAGAACAAGCAGAGGGAGACGUACCGGAGGAUGCUGGAGCAGCUGCUGCUGGCGGAGAAAUGCCACCGCCGCACCAUCAAUGAGCUGGACAACGAGAAACGAAAACACGCCGAUUUCAUCAACAAGAGUGACGACUUCACCAACCUGCUGGAGCAGGAGAGGGAGAGACUCAAAAAGCUCUUGGAACAGGAGAAAGCCUACCAAGCCCGUAAGGACAAGGACCAAAGCAAAAGGUUGGAGAAGGUCAGAGCGGAACUGGUUAAACUCAAGUCCUUUGCUCUGAUGUUGGUAGAUGAGCGGCAGCUGCACAUUGAGCAAAUUGACCAGCAGAGCCAGAAGGUUCAGGACCUCACUCAGAAACUGCAGGAGAAAGAGCAGCGACUGGCGGCUGUUACUGACACUGCCAAGGAGGACAGCCAGAAGGUCCUGAAGUUAGAGGCUGAGCUGGAGCACAGAGCGGCCAAGUUUGCACAGGACCACGAGGAGCUGACCAACAAACUGGCCAACCAAGAGACCCAGAGCCGGCAGCUCAGGCUGAAGCUGGCCAGCAUCAACCACAAAGUGGAGCAGCUGGAGGAGAGCAACAAGCUGCUGCAGAAAUCUGAGGAGGACCUGCAGGAGCUGAAGGAGAAGAUCAGCAAAGGAGAAUGUGGGAGCUCAACGCUUAUAGCUGAAGUGGAAAAUCUGCGUAAGAAAGUGCAGGAGAUGGAGGGCAAGGAUGAGGAGAUAACCAAAACAGAGACUCAGUGCAAGGAGCUGAAGAACAGGCUCCAGGAUGAGCAGAACCACAGCAAGGAGCUGAGGCUGGAGGUAGACAAAAUGCAGAAGAGAAUGGUAGAACUGGAAAAGCUGGAGGGAGCUUUUACUCGGAGUAAAACGGAGUGCUCGCAGCUCCAUAUCAACCUGGAAAAGGAGAAACGUGUUGUGAAGGAUCUGGCCAGCGAGCUGGACACCGUGAAAAGCCGCGUCAAAGAAUUGGAGUCCUCAGAGUCCAGGUUCGACAAGGUGGAGAUGCUCCUCAAAGAUGACCUCAUGAAGUUGAAGUCAUUCACCGUCAUACUGGUGGACGAAAGAAAAAACAUGGCAGAGAGACUGAAACUUGAGGAACAGAAGAGCGACGAUUUAAGUAAGAUGUUAAAAGUGGAACAGAGCAAAGUGAUGGAGGUGACAGAGAAGCUGUUUGAGGAGAGCAAGAAGCUCCUCAAACUCAAAUCAGAGAUGGAGGACAAAGUGACGACUCUGACUGAAGAGAAAGACAAGCUGAAAACUAAACUUGCAAGUGAAGAGGGAAAGUGCAGAGAGCUAAGUACCAAGAUAACAGGAAUGAAAGUAAAAAUGGACAGACUGGAGGAUUCAGAACGGGAGAUGUUGAGGAGACAAAUGGAAAAAAACAAGAAUCCAGAAGAAGACAACAAAAUAAAAGAACUCACACUAGAAAUCGAAAGGCUGAAAAGCCGCCUGAAACAGCUGGAGGUGGUAGAAGGGGAUUUAAUGAAAACAGAGGACCAGUAUGACCUGCUGGAGAAGAAGUUCAGAACAGAGCAGGACAAAGCAAACUCCCUCUCAAAACUGUUGGAAGAAAUGAAAAGUCAGAUCGCCAGGAACAAAGCUGUGGAGAAAGGUGAAGCUGUGAGUCCAGAGGCUGAACUGAGACUUCGCUGGAAGAUGGAAGAGACUAGAACCCGAGAGCUGCAGCUAGAUGUCCAAGCCCUGAAGGAGAAAAUCCAUGAGCUUAUGAACAAGGAGGAUCAGCUGUCCCAGCUUCAGGUGGACUACUCGCUGCUCCAACAGAGGUUAACUGAGGAAGGGCAGAAGAAGAAGAGCAUGAUGCAAGAAGUGGUGAACCUCACCAAGGAACUGGAAGCCACCAAGUGCUACAGCCGCGCUUUGAGGCCCAGUAUGAACGGUAGAAGGAUGGUUGAUGUCCCAGUUACCUCCACAGCGGUGCAGACAGAUAUCGUGGAACCUGAGGCUGCUGAGGAUGAGACAGCAGCAGGCUUCAUCAGGAAAUCUGUCCUUGAGGAACACCAUUUAAUGAGCAACCUCAGGCAGCAGGGGCUGAAGAAGCCAACUGUUCUGGAGCGAUACCCACCAGCAUCUUUAGAACUCGCAGGAAGAAGAUCCUGGAUACCUUGGAUGAAAAAGAAAGAGGCCAUCACUUUUUCUCCAACCCAACCACACAAGAUGAUCCCAAAGCCGCUACACAUACGUGUUACCUCUGAUCACGAAAACAGCACCGCCACCUUGGAGAUCACCAGCCCUCGAGCAGAGGAUUUCUUCUCCAGCACCACCAUCAUACCAACUCUUGGCCAUCAGAAGCCUCGCAUCACCAUUGUCCCAAAGCCCACCACCGUGACCUCCAGGACUGAAAGUUGCAGUCGAACAAAAUCUCCCGUUACAAUCACAACCAUCUCCAGGGCCAAGAGUCCAGAGAAGACCAACAGCUGCAGCUCUGACGGUCUUCAGUCACCGGUGUCCAUCAUCACGGUCAGCACCACUCCUGUGGCCGAAGCAUGCGCUUCCCCUGAGCCGCAACCAGCCGCCACAGGACGCACGGUGUUCAGGGUGACCCCAGAAAAACAAUCCGGGUUCAGGAAAUUCAACAGCAACAUCAUCACCACAGAGGACAACAAGAUCCACAUCCACCUGGGGUCACAGUUCAGGAGGCCGCCCGAGGCCUGCCGCAGUCCUCUUCUGACUCUCAGACCUGGUGGCUCACAGGACCGGGACCUGCAGGCGGGAACUGUGCUCUGCUCUCCACGCCCACUCUCUGAGGGGAAGACGGCGCCAAGCAAAAUGACCAGCAGCAUAACCAUCACACCCGUCACAUCGCCGGCCUCCAAGCCCACGCCGUUUGCGGUCGGUUCAGACAUACAGGCAGCUCGGACCACGGCCACACGGAUCCCGCUGUCAAAAGGUAUGAAACCAGGAAAGGCGCUUCAGGGUGUGUCCACACUGACGACGUUAGAGUCACGAGCACAGAGCCACUCGAUGAAAGUUGAGCUGAGGAAGUCAACAUUAUGGAACUCGGCUUCGACAGGAGGAGGCUCGAGCUGAGGGCCGAGGAUGAGUUUGUGACCAGUCUGCUCCCAAAUGUAUGAAAUAAGCCACAUCAGGAUACAAACUCUCACUGUUUCCACAAAAAUACAAAAAAAAAAACCUUAACUUUCCAUAAUAUUUAAAAAAUUCACUAUUGUUUCGGAAGCAUCUGAUUGGAUUUAACACUUGUUCUGAGAGAGGUUUACCAGAUGAAAUGAUAAAAAAAAAAUCUGUAUGA